CUGUGUGUUUGUAAGGUGUGAGACUGCUGCUGCUUCUGUUCACACGCCUCACACACACUCAAGCACAAACCGUGUGCUGUUUCAAAAAACAUUCUUCAAAUGCUUACAGGACUAUUAAGGUGUACUGUAACCUGGAGUGUAACUCAAGACAUCAGGAAAAGUUGAUCAUAUCAACAUUUAUAUCAUAAACACACAUCUCUCGAAUGAGCCUUAGGAGCAUGUGUUAAGAUGGAUAUGAGGGUGCUGUUAAUAUCAGCUCUGCUAGGAUUUGUCUCUCAUGUCAGAGCAAAAACAGACAGUUUAUGCAUUUCUGAAAAUCCCAAAACAUGUGGGGAGUGUAUCCUGAUCGGGCCACAGUGUGUGUGGUGCAAAGAUCCUGAUUUCAAAUCUUCACGCUGUGAUGAAAAGGAGUCUCUGCAAAAGGCUGGUUGCACUCCACUCGGCAUAGAAAACCCCCGAGGAAAUGUCACCACCGACAAGAACAAAACUCUCACAAGUCGUACAAUUGAGGGAGGGAAUCUGAGGCUUGAAGAGAUCACCCAGAUUCAGCCACAGAAACUCACCCUGAGACUGCGAUCAGAUGAGCCACAGAAGUUUACUCUCAAGUUCAAGAGGGCAGAGGAUUAUCCCAUCGAUCUUUACUUCCUGAUGGACCUCAGUGACUCUAUGCGAAGUAAUCUUGAGAAUGUCAAGAACCUUGGAGCUGACCUUGCCAGGGAGAUGCGGCACAUCACUAAAGACCUGCGGAUCGGUUUUGGUUCUUUCUUGGAGAAGCUUGUAAUGCCUUUCAUUCUGAAGACGCCAAAGUAUCUGCAGAACCCAUGUUUUCCAAACGACUGCACAGCACCCUUCAGCUACAAAAACGUCCUGAGCUUGACCAACGACAGCGCAUUGUUCACCCAAGAAGUCAGCAAACAGAAAACCUCUGGAAACCUGGACUCUCCUGAGGCAGGAUUUGAUGCAAUCAUGCAAGCUGCUGUCUGCACGAAAGAGAUUGGCUGGAGGAACGUCACUCGUCUCCUUGUGUUUUCCACGGAUGCUGGAUUCCAUUUUGCUGGAGAUGGAAAAUUGGGGGGCAUUGUUCAUCCAAAUGAUGGGAAAUGCCAUCUUAGCAAUAAUAUGUACACCGUGAGCAACUACUUUGACUACCCCACUAUCUCUCAGCUGGUAGACACUCUGAGUGACAACAACAUUCAGACCAUCUUUGCUGUGACAGAGCAAUUCCAGGCUCUUUAUCAGGAGCUCUCUGAUCUAAUCCCUAAAUCAACAGUGGGGACACUGUCUGCCUCCUCUACCAAUGUCAUCCAGCUCAUCAUUGAUGCCUAUAAUUCUUUGUCCUCAGAGGUCAUUCUUGAGAACAGCAAGCUGCCUGAUAAUGUGUCCAUCUCCUACGUCUCCCACUGCAAGAAUGGAGUGAGCAGAAAAGAAGAACAUGGGCGAACGUGCUCCAACAUCUCCAUUGGGGAUGAGGUGAAGUUUGAUAUAGAAAUCAAGGCUACGGGUUGUCCAUCCAAUGGUAAGUCAGAGACGAUAAAGAUCAAACCACUGGGCUUCAACGAGGAGGUAGAGAUUGUCCUCAACUUCAUCUGUGAAUGUGAGUGUCACAAAGACGGAAUCCCAAACAGCUCAGCGUGUCACUUCGGCAACGGUACCCUGGAGUGUGGAGUAUGCAGGUGUAAUAAAGGCCGAUUAGGCAGAUUGUGUGAGUGCAGCCAAAAUGAGGUCAAAACAGAUGAUUUGGAUGCAAACUGUCGCAAAGAUAACGGCACAGACAUCUGCAGCAACAAUGGAGAAUGUGUCUGUGGAACGUGCGAGUGUAAGAAAAGAGACAACCCAGAGGAGAGAUACAGCGGAAAGUUCUGUGAGUGCGACAACUUCAGCUGCGACCGCUCCAACAACAAGCUCUGUGGAGGUCAUGGUCGAUGUGAGUGCAAAAAGUGUAUCUGUGAUGCUAACUACACCGGCAGUGCGUGCGAAUGCUCUCUGGACACCUCCACCUGUCUGGCCAGUAACAAACAGAUCUGUAACAGUAAGGGCACCUGCGAGUGCGGCGUGUGUAAAUGUUCCGAUCCAAAGUAUGAGGGUCCGACAUGUGAAAUCUGCCCAACAUGCCCCAGAGUUUGCACUCAAUACAAGGAUUGUGUUGAGUGCAAACAGUUUGGUCCGGAUAGCAAGAAACAUAUAUGUGAGAAAGAUUGCAGCAACUUCACUAUUAAAGUAGUGAAGAAUAAGGAGGAUCUUCCUCAGUCCAGCGACCAGCAACACAUCAAUGACUGCAAAGAGCGGGAUGCUAACGACUGUUGGUUCUUCUUCACCUACGCUACCAAGAGUGAUGACAAAAUUGAGGUCCAUGUGGCUGAAAAAAAUGAGUGUCCCUCUGGCCCUGACAUCAUCCCCAUCGUAGCGGGUGUGGUCGCAGGAAUUGUUCUGAUUGGUUUAGCGCUUCUGCUCAUCUGGAAGCUGCUCAUGAUUAUUCACGAUCGCAGAGAGUUUGCCAAAUUCGAGAAAGAGAAGAUGAAUGCUAGAUGGGACACGGGUGAGAAUCCCAUCUACAAGAGUGCUGUGACAACUGUGUUGAACCCCAAAUAUGAGGGAAAUUGAUGGAUCAUCUGUGUAGCUUGCAGCAGUGGUUCUCAACUGGUCUUGGCUUCAGCAACCAGAUUUUAUAUUGGUGACUUAAUACAGUACCAUAAACUGUAUUUAAUGUAGUCUGGGUCAUUUGACUUUGGACCAAAAUGCCCUCUCAGAUGCCAACAACAAAUGUUAUGUUUCCUUUUAAAAUUUGAUAAAUGUAUUUAUUUAUCAUUUUACCGUGUGCAAUUAGCAUUGUUUUUCCCUUCUGUCUACUAUUCAAUCAAAUGCAUUUUUAGGUCACAACCUGCCAGUUGAGAACUAAUUUAUAAGCUAGUUUCCUAUUGCUUGAUUAAUUUUUUAAAUGUUUAUAUGUAAAUAUUAAAUUCCUCCUUUCCCUUGCUCUGGCUCUGAAAUACCAUAUUCUCACAAGAAGUCACAACCAAGAUCCACCAAUGACUUCUUAUUUUGACAUAUAAAGCCAAUAAAACAGUGUUGGGUUUUACUAAAUACA